AUGCUGGCGCUUAUUGGAGAAAUAACGAGAAACUACCACAAGAACGUACUAGAGCACUAUUCAAACCCAAGAAACGUGGGAACAUUUGCAAAAACAGUUGCUGGCGUGGGAACAGGACUAGUAGGAGCCCCUGCAUGUGGAGAUGUAAUGAGACUGCAGAUUAAAGUAAAAGAUGACAUAAUUGAAGAUGUAAAGAUUAAAACAUUUGGAUGUGGGUCUGCAAUUGCUUCAAGCAGUUUGGCAUCUGAAAUGAUAAAGGGAAAGUCCAUAUAUGAUGCUAUGAAUAUUAAAAAUACCGAAAUAGCAAAAGAGCUCUCUCUUCCUCCUGUUAAGCUGCACUGCUCUCUACUAGCAGAGGAGGCAAUAAAAGCAGCAGUAGAAGAUUAUAUAGCCAAGAAAGGCUUGGAAUAGAACACAUAAUAUAAAGUAUAGUUAUAAUAAGUAAUUUGCUAUCAAUAAUAUGCAGCAGUUGGCGCAUAUGGCCAAUUUCAGAAUAUUUAGUUAUUUUAUCGUUAUGGCAUACUCUAUAAUAUAACUUGAUAUCGUCCGAGUGUAGUAAUAUGAUCAGAGGUAAAUUGCACAUACACAAUAGCACAGUACAAAAUCAUCUGGUGGUAUUACAUAGAGAAUAUAAACAAAUAAUCUACUCUACCCCAACUAGCACUAUAAAACAUACUUUCAAUUAAAUGCUAUAUAACCCGAAGUAAAUUAUAGCAUGUUAUGGAACAUAGUAUUAUGGUAUUCCUUAUACACAGUAAAAA